UGGAAUCGUCUGGCCCGCGGUUCCUCCUCCUGAGCGCGGGGGAUGUGCGGGUGAAGCGCUCGGGCUGGAAUGGCCCCUCUGGAAUCCGGUGGGGUUUAUCUGAUGCCGAGACCUUGUUAUCUCCCUCUGGUCAUCCCGUAGCCUCGGCAUUCCUAUGGGCUUCUGUUGGAGAGAACACUGUGCUAGGAUGUGACUUAAAAUGACUUCUGAUUCUGAAGGUCCUUUGAAAAACACGCUCUGCUUGAAUGUUUGCUAAGGACAAUUGCUGAUGCAUGGCCACAAUGAGUGGGUUAGGAGAAAACUCCUUGGACAGCUUGGCCAACGAGUCAAGGAAGCGCAAGCCAUUGCCCUGUGAUACCCCAGGUGCAAGUCUGACCUGCAGCGGUGAGAAGCGUCGGCGUGAGCAGGAAAGCAAAUACAUCGAAGAACUGGCUGAGCUGAUCUCUGCUAAUCUGAGUGACAUUGACAAUUUCAAUGUCAAACCAGACAAAUGUGCUAUUUUAAAAGAAACCGUGAGACAGAUUCGACAGAUCAAAGACCAAGGAAAAGCAGUUUCUAAUGAUGAUGAUGUUCAGAAAGCUGAUGUAUCUUCUACCGGUCAAGGAGUUAUUGACAAGGAUUCACUGGGGCCUCUUUUAUUACAGGCACUGGAUGGCUUCCUGUUUGUUGUAAAUCGAGAUGGGAACAUAGUGUUUGUAUCAGAAAAUGUCACCCAGUAUCUGCAGUACAAACAAGAAGAUUUGGUUAACACAAGUGUCUAUGGUAUCUUGCACGAAGAGGACCGGAAAGACUUUCUUAAGAACUUACCUAAAUCUUCAGUAAAUGGAGUGGCUUGGACCAGUGACACGCCCAGACAGAAGAGUCACACAUUCAACUGCCGGAUGAUGGUGAAGAGCUCUCAUGACCUUUUGGAAGAUGUGGGCAGCCACCAGGAUGGACGUCAGAGAUAUGAAACUAUGCAGUGCUUUGCUUUAUCACAGCCAAGAGCUAUGAUGGAAGAGGGGGAAGAUUUGCAGUCCUGCAUGAUUUGUGUGGCGCGUCGGAUCACAACUGCAGAAAGGAUAUUUCUGACAAAUCCAGAGAGUUUUAUUACAAGACACGACCUCUCAGGCAAACUUGUCAACAUUGAUACAAACUCAUUACGAUCCUCCAUGAGGCCUGGCUUUGAGGAUAUCAUUCGUCGGUGUAUUCAGCGGUUUUUGUGCCACAAUGACGGGCAGUCGUGGUCAAACAAACGCCACUACCAUGAAGCUUAUACCCAGGGCCAUGCUGAAACCCCGCUGUAUCGGUUUUCUUUAGCUGAUGGGACCAUCGUGACAGCACAAACAAAGAGUAAACUGUUCCGAAAUCCCGUAACCAAUGACCGCCAUGGGUUUGUCUCUACCCACUUCCUCCAAAGAGAACAAAACGGAUAUCGACCAAACCCUAAUUCUGUUGGGCAGAACAUCAGAACACCUGUGGCUGGAAACACCAGUUCUGUCGGUGGCCUUAUGAGCAUGUCCCCUGGUCAAGGCAUGCCGGUGCAGAACAGGAGCUACGGCCUGGCAGAUCCCAGUGCAGGGGGGCAGCUCGGCAGCACUCGGUACGGAGGCCCUGGGAACAUGGGGCCGGUGACCCCUGGACCCAACCUGCAAUCCUCUGCCUAUCAGAACAACAGCUACGGCUUAAAUAUGAGUAGCCCACCCCACGGUAGUCCUGGUUUAACUUCCAGCCAGCAGAACCUAAUGAUAUCUCCCAGGAAUCGAGGGAGUCCAAAAAUGACUUCACACCAGUAUUCACCAGUUACAGGUAUGCACUCGCCGAUGGGAUCUGCCAGCAACACUAGCAACAGCACUUUCUCUAGCAGCUCUCUCAGUGCUCUGCAAGCCAUCAGUGAGGGUGUUGGAAAUUCCCUUUUAUCAACACUUUCUUCACCGGGUCCAAAAUUGGAUAAUUCCCCAAACAUGAGCAUAACUCCACAAAGCAAAACAAGCACCCAGGACUCCAAAAGCCCUUCUGGUUUGUAUUGUGAACAAAACCAAGUGGAAAGUUCUGUCUGCCAGUCAAACAGCAGGGAUCUCCUUAGUGAAAAAGAGAGUAAAGAGGGAAAUCUGGAGGCAUCUGAAGGUCAGAGAGGACCAUCUGAGAGCAAGGGGCAUAAAAAACUCCUUCAGCUACUCACGUGCUCCUCAGACGAGAGAGGGCAUUCUACGGCAUCAAACUCACCUUUGGACUCAAACUGUAAAGAGCCCUCCACCAGUGUCACCAGUCCUUCAGGAGUUUCCUCAUCGACAUCUGGAGGGGUGUCUUCCUCCUCCAACGUGCAUGGGUCGCUCCUGCAAGAGAAGCACAGGAUUUUACAUAAAUUGUUGCAGAAUGGCAAUUCUCCAGCGGAGGUGGCCAAGAUCACAGCUGAAGCUACUGGUAAAGACACCUAUCAUGACGCUGGUAACACGGCCUCCUGUGGGGAAGGCACCGUCAAACAGGAACAACUGAGCCCAAAGAAGAAGGAAAACAACGCUUUACUAAGAUACCUGUUAGAUAAAGAUGAUGUCAAGGACCCGCUUUCCAAAGAGUUGAAGCCGAAAGUAGAAAGUGUGGAUAGUAAGAUGGGACAGUGCACGAGUUCCACAAUUCCGACUUCUAGUCAAGACAAAGAGAUGAAAAUAAAAAUGGAGCCAGCAGAGGAGAUGAAUGGAGACUUGGAUAAUUUGGAUGCAAUUCUAGGUGAUCUGACUAGUUCUGAGUUUUACAAUAAUGCUAUGUCUGCAAAUGGAAAUAACCUUGGAGCAAAGCAAGCCUUAUUCCAAGGAAAUGCCUUACUGGGUGUGAAGAGUUCCCAGUCUGUGCAGGCUGCUCGCCCUCCUUUUAACAGAGCCAUGUCUUUAGACAGCCCUGUGGGCUCCAGUGCUUCAGUGAGGAAUGUCAAUGCAUUCUCCAUGUUACAAAAGCAAAACUUGAUGGGUGGAAGUCCAAGAAUGAUGGAAAACCAAGAGAAUUUUGGAGCAAAUCUGGCAGGUGCUCCCAACAGGACCGUGGCCAUGACCCAGCCCCAGCCCGAGUGGGGUUUGCCGAGCCCCAAGGGCAGCAGGAUGGACCCCGCGGGGCUGCUGAGAGCGGGCCCCGAGCUGAGCGCGGCGCUGCCCCGGCCCGGGGGCUCUGUGCCCAGCCUGCCCCUGCGCUCCAACAGCCUCCCUGCUCCUCGACCCGGCCUGCAACAGCCCCUCAUGCACAUGAGGCCAAAUGAGAUGAACCUUGGCAUGGCAGGGAAUCCAUAUGGACAGCCUGGACCUUCUAACCAGCCUGGCUUGUGGCCUGACAAUGUGCUGUCCGUGGAGCAAGCGUCCCGGGGCUCACAGAACAGACAACUAGUUAGAAACUCUUUGGAUGACCUCUUAUGUUCAGCUCCAAGUAUGGAAGGCCAGAAUGAUGAAAGGGCACUUUUGGACCAGCUGCACACCUUGCUGAGUAAUACAGAUGUCACAGGUCUGGAAGAAAUCGACAGAGCGUUAGGAAUUCCUGAUCUUGUAAGCCAAGGACAAGCUUUGGAACCCAAACAAGAUUCAUUUCAAGGUCAGGAAUCUUCUGUUAUGAUUGAUCAGAAGCCUUCGUUAUAUGCUCAGCCCUAUCAGGGACAAGGGGCAGCAAUGCCAGGAGGUUUUAGUAACAUCCAGGGACAACAGCCAUCUUUCAAUCCAGUGAUGAAUCAGAUGGGCCAACCAAGCAAUUUCCCACUGCAAAGUGUCCAUCCCAGGGCCAGCGUGAUGAGGCCUCGGACCAACACACCGAAGCAGCUCCGCAUGCAGCUCCAGCAGAGGCUGCAGGGCCAGCAGUUUAUGAAUCAGACCCGUCAGACGCUUGAAAUGAAAAUGGAAAGUCCGGUCAGUGGAAAUUCCUCAGCAAUGAGACCAGUUAUGCAGCCACAGGUGGGAUCACAGCAAGGUUUUCUUAAUGCUCAAAUGGUGGCUCAGCGUAACAGGGAACUAAUAAGUCACCAUUUUAGACAACAGAGGAUGGCAAUGAUGAUGCAGCAGCAACAGCAACCUCAGGCCUUCAGUCCACCACCAAAUGUGACUGCCACAGGAAGCAUGGAUAGUGCUUUGACAGGCCCUCCAAUGGCUCAAGUUCCUCCACAGCAAUUCCCCUAUCCACCUAAUUAUGGUUUAAGCCAACAACCUGACCCUGCAUUUAGUAGAGUAUCAAGCCCUCCCAACCCAAUGAUAUCAUCAAGAAUUGGAGCCUCGCAGAAUCCUGUGAUGCAGCAUCCUCAGCCAGCAACAAUGUACCAGUCCCCAGAGAUGAAGGGCUGGCCAUCGGGGAGCAUGGCCAGGAACAGUUCUUUCCCCCAGCAGCAGUUCAGCCACCAGGGCAGUCCAGCAGCCUACAGCAUGAUGCACAUGAACGGCAGCAGUGGCCACAUGGGGCAGAUGGGUAUUAAUGCCAUGCCUAUGUCAGGAAUGCCUAUGGGUCCAGACCAGAAAUACUGCUGACACCAGAACCAGAUCUUCAAGCAAGAAAGGCUGUUACUGAUGCACUAGUGUUGGAAAGGAAGGUGACUCAGACUGGGCUUACAG